CAGGAGAGUAUCGAGCGCGUCGGCCCCUCUGUCUUUCCUGUCCAAUGUCCCAUCGAGUAGGCAGAGCCACGUGCAUGUGUUAGCUAUUUUGCCACUCGUCUUUAAACGUCCAACUCCUCGUGUUUCAUUGAAACACACAUUGACACCAUGGUGAAGCUAGCAAAGGCAGCAAAUAACGCAACUCAAAAGAAAAAGGCUCCUCCACCCCCGAAAGAAGUCGAGGAGGAAUCUAGUGAAGAAGAAAGCAGCGAUGAGGAAGAGACUCCUCCACCCAAAGUGGUGAAGAAAGCCACGCCAGCUAAAGCCACCCCAGCUAAGGGUGCCAAAGCCGUUAAAAAUGGCACCGCUGCCAAAAAAGCAGAAAGCGAAGAUGAUGAUGAGUCUGAGGAGUCAUCUGAAGAAGAGGCCCCCCCACCAAAGAAGACACCUGCUAAAGCAACACCGGCCAAACCCACUCCAGCUAAGGCAGUCCCUGCAAAGGCAGAAGAGUCAGAUGAUGAAGAUGACGAAGACGAUGAUGAUGAGUCAGAAGAGGAAGCCCCACCACCCAAGAAAGGAGGCAAGGCUGCAGCUAAACCAGCUGCCAAAACAGCUGCAAAGCCCCCAGUGAAGUCCAAGGCUGCUAAAGAAGAGUCGUCUGAGGAUGAGGAUGAAGAGGAGUCAGAAGAAGAGGCCCCCCCUCCUAAGAAGGCUGCAGCAGCCAAACCAGCGGCCAAGCCUGCAGCCAAGGCAAAGGCCAAGGCUGCGAAAGAAGAGUCUGAGGAAGAGGACGACGAUGAUGAUGAAGAUGACUCUGAGGAAGAGAUGGACACAACUCCUGCUCCCGCUGCCAAGGGAAAGAAAGCAGGCAUGGUUAAGGCCAAGGAAGAGUCAGAGGACGAUGAUGAGGACGACGACGAUGAUGAGGAGGAUGACGAAGAUGAGGAGGAAGAUGAUGCCCCAGUGACACCUGGCAAGAGGAAGGCGGAAGGCAAAAAGGACACACCACCUGCAAAGAAAGCAAAGGCAGAAGGAGAAGGAUUCUGUCUGUUUAUUGGAAACCUAAACUCAAACAAAGACUUUGACGAGAUCAAAUCAUCACUGAGGAAAUUCUUCUCCAAGAACGAGCUUGAGGUUGCUGACAUCAGAUUAGGAGGGUCAAAGAAAUUUGGCUACGUGGACUUCUCAUCUGAGGAGGACAUGCAGAAGGCCAUGGAACUCAAUGGCAAGAAGGUAAUGGGUCAGGAACUGAAACUGGACAGAGCCCGGAGCAAAGACAGCUCACAGGAGGGCAAGAAAGAGAGGGAUGCACGCACACUCUUCGUAAAAAAUCUUCCAUUCUCCGUGACGGUCGAAGACCUGAAGGAGGUCUUUGAAGAUGCGGUUGACGUCAGGUUACCUCAAGGACAGAACGGUUCAAACAGAGGCAUCGCUUACAUCGAGUUCAAAACUGAGGCCGAAGCAGAGAAGAUGCUGGAAGAGGCCCAGGGAACCGACCUCCAGGGCAGGUCCAUCAUUGUUGACUAUGUUGGAGAGAAGAGCCAGAAAGGUGCCCGGGUUUCAGGAGCAGCAGGAGCAGCCAGUAAAACGCUGGUCGUCAAUAACCUCUCCUUCAGUGCAACAGAAGAAAUGCUACAGUCCACAUUUGAGAAAGCCGUUUCUAUAAGGGUUCCACAAAAAGACGGCAGACCCAAAGGUUUUGCAUUUGUAGAGUUUGAAAGCACAGAUGACGCCAAGGAAGCUCUGGAAAACCUCAACAACACAGAUAUCGAAGGGAGGUCAAUCCGGUUGGAGUUCAGCCAGAACAGCGGUGGAAGAGAUGGCGGCAGAGGAAACUCAGGUCCCACAAAAACCCUCUUUGUCAAGGGGCUCUCUGAGGACACAACAGACCAGACCCUCAAAGAUUCCUUUGAUGGCGCAGUAGCAGCAAGGAUAGUUACAGAUAGAGAUACUGGAUCAUCCAAAGGCUUUGGCUUUGUCGACUUCGACAACGAGGACGACUGCAAGGCAGCUAAGGAAGCGAUGGAGGACGGCGAGAUCGACGGCAGCAAGGUGACCCUGGACUACGCCAAGCCCAAGGGCGAAGGUGGAUUCCGUGGAGGCCGGGGUGGCGGCGGCUUCGGCGGUGGCUUCGGAGGCCGCGGCGGUGGCUUCGGCGGCCGUGGCGGUGGAAGAGGCCGUGGCGGUUUUGGCGGCGGCUUCGGUGGUCGUGGCGGCGGCGGCAGAGGAAGGGGAGGCCCACGAGGUGGACGCGGCGGCUUCGGAGGUGGACGCGGUGGUGGUGGAUUCGGAGCCAAACCCCAGGGGAAGAAAAUCAAGUUCGAUGACUAAAGCCUUAGUCUGUUUUACUUUUUUUCAAUGGACUCUGGUUUCAUCAGUUUUCAGAGCUUUUGGACAUUCCAGAAAGCGUCAUUGGUAUAUAUUUAACUGUAAAUGGGCAUUUUAGCCCUUUAUUUAGACCCCUCGAACCUUCCACACCCGUCUGUGCCAGAACGGUACUUUAGACCUUUUCAGCUUCAGUGCUACGUGUGAGUAAUGAAUGUCCCGAACGCAAACUUGCACCUAUCGCCCUCGUUAGUUUACUUUCUUUUCUGAAGGAGUAAAAUGGAAUGGGUCUGGCAAACGAGUUUGCUGUGAAAAAAAAAAAAUGCUUGUCUUGUCAGAUACAUUGUGUAAAUUUAAACAGUUUGUAUUUCAUUUUACCUUUUUGUAAAAAAAAGAAAGAAACAUACACUUGUAUCCUUAUGUUUUUAUUUUGUUUAUCAUUUAGUUUUUGCUUUAAAAUUCCAAGUUUUACGGUAUUGUGCAAAGCAUAUUUCAAUAGAUUUGAGUCCAUGGUCGAGAGUUGGGUGUUUAAGGAAAUUGCAGAUGUGUUCAUGUUUGUCUGUUAAGGCACAGUUGAUGCUUGUGUCAUGGAUGAAAGACCUCUAAUCUAUGUAACAUAAAAUAUUUGUAGUGCAUUGACUAAUUUUUUUUUUUUUUUUUUCCCCAUCUCAAGAUUUUCACGUGAUUAAAUAAAACCUUGUAGGUGGUGAUUUUUAAA